AUGUCGGGGGUUGAGAGCCCUGGAGACUCAAGUGAGAACAAACCGUGCAUCUGCGAAGAUUCUGAAGAAAACCAGAAAGGACACCCGGUUAUAACAGAGAAACCAGCCCUGCUGAUAGACGCUAAAAAGGGAGAUUAUGUCUCUCUGACUUGUAAUGCUGAGGGACGUCCUCAGCCGGAUGUGAUGGUAUCUGGGAUGAACAUCAACAGAACAGACUUGGUCAUCAGAGGGGCUGGCAGGAACAGGAACCUUUGUUCCGUGAGGACUAGCACUGUUAUUCAGGUGUUCAGAAGUGCCUGGUACCAGUGUGUAGCGUGGAACAGACACGGUUCCGAUGUAGCUUACACCUUUAUCAGUGUCGCCCAACCAGAGGACCCACCUAAAGACGACCAGUUCUACCCUGACGGUGUCCGGCCCCCAGAUCACACUCCUCUCGCUAACAUCACCACCUACACGGGCCAGACUCUCGUUAUAGACUUCAGGAUUGUUGGAAUACCCGCUCCCAGUAUAUCCUGGCAACACGGUAUCAACCCACUGGAACCCACAAACAGAAUAACAAUCAGUGACUCUGGUGUUCUGACUAUACGCAACGCUAAGUUAAAGCACAGCGGGUGGUACAAGUUCAGGGCGUCUAACGAACACGGCACCACCAGUGGAGAAGUCUACGUAACAGUCAAGGAGAACAAGACGCCCUACUUCGUAGAGACCUCCACAGCCUACAUAGAAGUGGAGGAGGGGGAGAGUGUUACCCUACACGCUACAGCAUUCGGAGCCCCCACCCCCUGGGUCACUAUCACCCAGCUUGGAUCUACACCCAGCGACCCACCAGUUGCACUUGAUCUGACCAGUGGAACAGCCGGAACCAGGACCGUAACCGUGGUGAUAGAGUCUAUCAGUGAGGAUCAGGAGGGUUGGUACAGACAUCAAGCUACUGACAGUAGAGGGUCUGCUACCAAGGACGUUUACAUUAAAGUUAUUCCAGCAGUACUAGAGGAAGAACCAACAGUAGCAGACGCUGAGUGGUCUGACUGGUCGGCUUGUAACGUGGUGUGCGGUACUGGAGAGAGGGUCCGGACAAGAGAGUGUGUUUCUAAAUCCUGCUCUGUUGUCAGGCAGACUAAACCUUGUACUAAGGACCCCUGCUUUGAUAUCGACACAGUGACAGUUGGCUGCUUCUCCGCCCAACACUACCUCCCUGUCUCCGGGACCCUGAUAGACUACCUCCCUUCUUCAGAGGUGAAGCUGAUCACCCCAUGUGGAGGGGACUCUGCCAUGCCACUUCAUAUCCACAGAUACAGGAAUACUGUAGCGAUCAGAUACUUAUCUGACACAAUAGUUCUGAGCGAGAGUGAGGUACUUUACAACGGAGCUAGUGUACCAGGGGCCGAGUUCUACUUUGUAACUCCUGCUGGAUUCUCCGUCUCUGAACGGAACAGGGUAGUGGUGAUAAAGCAGGAAGAGUUACAGCUCACUGCACGGUACAACCGAGACACUGGCUUACUGGUCUUAUCUGUCUCGCAGAGAUUACUGGGAAAGUGGUGUGGAGUGUUGCUGGAAGUUGAUAUGACUGAUACUAACAAAGAGGGUAUAUUCGGCUACUACUCCGCUACAGGAGACGAUGCUAUCAUCAGUGCCAACCCAAUAUCAGACGAGAAGGAGUUAUCGGGAUGUACUGGAAUAGAGGGUAUAAAAGCUCACGGAGCCUGCCAAUCUUUACUUAAUCCCACCAGUUCUUACUCUAGCUGCUUCCAGACCCUGAAACCAGCUCAGUUCUACGACUCUUGUGUAGCUGACUACUGUAACUACGAAGGAGACCUCCCGCACACGUGUCCCUCCAUAGUUCUCUACGUUAUCAAGUGUCAUGAUGAUCUGGAGCUUAGGUUCCAGAGUUUCCAGCCGGACAGAUGUAGAGUGGAGGAGUCUCUGAGCACGGAUAACGAGGAAGGAGCAACUGAAGCACCAGAUACAGAAACUGCUGCAGCUGAGCGAGGAACAGCCUUCCCCACCAUUCCUGAAACGACUGGUUCGAACCAACGUUACACCACAACUGAGUUUGCUGAAGAACCAACAGAGGAGGUCACAAGAAGGGUUGAUGUCACUACAACUGAUAUAUUUAAAGAUGAUUUAAAAUCCCGCACGCCUACAAGAGAUGGUAGAGUGACACCAACAACAGAUCCUGGGAUUGGUGGAAAAGAUCAAGAAACUGAUGAAACACCAACUGAUUCUCAGAAAACUGAUGAAGGGCCAACUGAUUCUCAGAGAACUGACGAGAAGCCCACUGAUUCUGAAAGUUCCGAAGAGACGACGAGCAAAUCUCCAAAAUCCGAUGGAAGGCCAACUGUUUCUCAAAGAACUGAUGAAAGGUUAACUGAAUCUCAGAAAACUGAUCUUCAGAGAGCUGACAAGAAGCCAACUGAUUCUAAAAGUUCCGAAGAGACGACGAGCAAAUCUCCAAAAUCUGAUGGAAGGCCAACUGAUUCUCAAAGAACUGAUGAAGGACCAACUGAUUCUCAAAAAACUGUCGAGAAGCCAACUGAUUCUGAAAGUUCCGAAGAGACGACGAGCAAAUCUCCAAAAUCCGAUGGAAGGCCAACUGAUUCUCAGAGAACUGAUGAAAGGUUAACUAAAUCUCAGAAAACUGAUGAAGGACCAACUGAUUCUCAAAGAACUGACGAAGGACCAACUGAUUCUGAGAGUUCCGAAGAAACGACGAGCAAAUCUCCAAAAUCCGAUGGAAGGCCAACUGAUUCUCAAAGUACUGACGAAGGACCAACUGAUUCUCAGAGAACUGACGAGAAGCCAACUGAUUCUGAAAGUUCCGAAGAGACGUCGAGCAAAUCUCCAAAAUCUGAUGGAAGGCCAACUGAUUCUGAAAGAACUGAUGAAGGACCAACUGAUUCUCAGAGAACUGAUGAGAAGCCAACUGAUUAUGAUAUUACCGAAGAGACGACGAGCAAAUCUCCAAAAUCUGAUGAAAGGCCAACUGAUUCUCAAAGAACUGACGAAGGACCAACUGAUUCUCAGAGAACUGAUGAAAGGUUAACUCAAUCUCAGAAAACUGAUGGAAAGCCAACUGAUUCUCAAAGAACUGAUGAGAAGCCAACUGAUUCUCAAAGAACUGACGAAGGACCAACUGAUUAUCAGAGAACUGAUGAAAGGUUAACUCAAUCUCAGAAAACUGACGAAGGACCAACUGAUUCUCAGAGAACUGAUGAAAGGUUAACUCAAUCUCAGAAAACUGAUGAAGGACCAACUGAUUCUCAGCGAACUGACGAGAAGUCAACUGAUUCUGAAAAUUCCGAAGAGACGUUGAGCAAAUCUCCAAAAUCUGAUGGAAGGCCAACUGAUUCGCAAAGAACUGAUGAAGGACCUACUGAUUCUCGGAGAACUGACGAGAAGCCAACUGAUUCUGAAAGUUCCGAAGAGACGUCGAGCAAAUCUCCAAAAUCCGAUGGAAGGCCAACUGAUUCUCAAAGAACUGAUGAAAGGCUUACUGAUUCUCAAAGAACUGACGAAGGACCAACUGAUCCUCAGAUAACUGAUGAAAAAUUAACUCAAUCUCAGAAAACUGAUGGAAGGCCAACUGAUUCUCAAAGAACUGAUGAGAAGCCAACUGAUUCUGAAAGUUCCGAAGAGACGACGAGCAAAUAUCCAAAAUCCGAUGGAAGGCCAACUGAUUCUCAAAGAACUGAUGAGAAGCCAACUGAUUCUCAAAGAACUGACGAAGGACCAACUGAUUCUCAGAGAACUGAUAAAAGGUUAACUCAAUCUCAGAAAACUGACGAAGGACCUACUGAUUCUCAGAGAACUGACGAGAAGCCAAGGUUAACUCAAUCUCAGAAAACUGAUGAAGGACCAACUGAUUCUCAGCGAACUGACGAGAAGCCAACUGAUUCUGAAAAUUCCGAAGAGACGUUGAGCAAAUCUCCAAAAUCUGAUGGAAGGCCAACUGAUUCGCAAAGAACUGAUGAAGGACCUACUGAUUCUCGGAGAACUGACGAGAAGCCAACUGAUUCUGAAAGUUCCGAAGAGACGUCGAGCAAAUCUCCAAAAUCCGAUGGAAGGCCAACUGAUUCUCAAAGAACUGAUGAAAGGCUAACUGAUUCUCAAAGAACUGACGAAGGACCAACUGAUUCUCAGAGAACUGAUGAAAAGUUAACUCAAUCUCAGAAAACUGAUGGAAGGCCAACUGAUUCUCAAAGAAAUGAUGAGAAGCCAACUGAUUCUCAAAGUUCCGAAGAGACGUCGAGCAAAUCUCCAAAAUCCGAUGGAAGGCCAACUGAUUCUCAAAGAACUGAUGAAAGGCUAACUGAUUCUCAAAGAACUGACGAAGGACCAACUGAUUCUCAGAUAACUGAUGAAAAGUUAACUCAAUCUCAGAAAACUGAUGGAAGGCAAACUGAUUCUCAAAGAACUGAUGAGAAGCCAACUGAUUCUGAAAGUUCCGAAGAGACGACGAGCAAAUAUCCAAAAUCCGAUGGAAGGCCAACUGAUUCUCAAAGAACUGAUGAAAGGCUAACUAAUUCUCAAAGAACUGACGAAGGACCAACUGAUUUUCAGAGAACUGAUGAAAGGUUAACUCAAUCUCAGAAAACUGAUGAAGGACCAACUAAUUCUCAGAGAACUGACGAGAAGCCAACUGAUUCUGAAAGUUCCGAAGAGACGUCGAGCAAAUCUCCAAAAUCUGAUGGAAAGCCAACUGAUUCUCAAAGAACUGAUGAAAGGGUAACUGAUUCUGAUACUACCGAAGAGUUAACGAGAAAAUCUCCAAAGACUGACAGAAGACCAACUGAUUCUCAGAGAACUGACGAGAAGCCAACUGACUCUGAAAGUUCCGAAGAGACGUCGAGCAAAUCUCCAAAAUCUGAUGGAAGGCCAACUGAUUCUGAACGAACUGAUGAAGGACAAACUGAUUCUCAGAGAACUGAUUCGAAGCCAACUGAUUCUGAAAGUUCCGAAGAGACGACGAGCAAAUCUCCAAAAUCCGAUGAAAGGCCAACUGAUUCUCAAAGAACUGAUAAAGGACCAACUGACUCUCAAAGAACAGAUGAAGGACCAACUGAUUCUGAAAGUUCCGAUGAGACGAUGAGCAAAUCCCCAAAAUCCGAUGGAAGACCAACUGAUUCUCAAAGAACUGAUGAAGGACGAACUGAUUCCCAGAGAACUGACGAGAAGCCAACUGAUUCUGAAAGUUCCGAAGAGACGUCGAGCAAAUCUCCAAAAUCUGAUGGAAGGCCAACUGAUUCUCAAAGAACUGAUGAAAGGCUUACUGAUUCUCAGAGAACUGACGAGAAGCCAACUGAUUCUGAAAGUUCCAAAGAGACGACGAGCAAAUCUCCAAAAUCCGAUGGAAGGCCAACUGAUUCUCAAAGAACUGAUGAAGAACCAACUGAUUCUCAGAGAACUGAUGAAGGACCAACUGAUUCUCAGAGAACUGACGAGAAGCCAACUGAUUCUCAAAGUUCCGAAGAGACGAUGAGCAAAUCCCCAAAAUCCGAUGGAAGGCCAACUGAUUCUCAAAGAACUGAUGAAGGACGAACUGAUUCUCAGAGAACUGAUUCGAAGCCAACUGAUUCUGAAAGUUCCGAAGAGACGACGAGCAAAUCUCCAAAAUCCAAUGGAAGGCCAACUGAUUCUCAAAGAACUGAUGAAGGACCAACUGAAUCUCAAAGAACAGAUGAAGGACCAACUGAUUCUGAAAGUUCCGAUGAGACGAUGAGCAAAUCCCCAAAAUCCGAUGGAAGACCAACUGAUUCUCAAAGAACUGAUGAAGGACGAACUGAUUCUCAGAGAACUGACGAGAAGCCAACUGAUUCUGAAAGUUCCGAAGAGACGAUGAGCAAAUCCCCAAAAUCCGAUGGAAGGCCAACUGAUUCUGAAAGAACUGAUGAAGGACGAACUGAUUCCCAGAGAACUGACGAGAAGCCAACUGAUUCUGAAAGUUCCGAAGAGACGUCGAGCAAAUCUCCAAAAUCUGAUGGAAGGCCAACUGAUUCUCAAAGAACUGAUGAAAGGCUUACUGAUUCUCAGAGAACUGACGAGAAGCCAACUGAUUCUGAAAGUUCCCAAGAGACGACGAGCAAAUCUCCAAAAUCCGAUGGAAGGCCAACUGAUUCUCAAAGAACUGAUGAAGAACCAACUGAUUCUCAGAGAACUGAUGAAGGACCAACUGAUUCUCAUAGAACUGACGAGAAGCCAACUGAUUCUGAAAGUUCCGAAGAGACGAUGAGCAAAUCCCCAAAAUCCGAUGGAAGGCCAACUGAUUCUCAAAGAACUGAUGAAGGACGAACUGAUUCUCAGAGAACUGAUUCGAAGCCAACUGAUUCUGAAAGUUCCGAAGAGACGACGAGCAAAUCUCCAAACUCCGAUGGAAGGCCAACUGAUUCUCAAAGAACUGAUGAAGGACCAACUGAAUCUCAAAGAACAGAUGAAGGACCAACUGAUUCUGAAAGUUCCGAUGAGACGAUGAGCAAAUCCCCAAAAUCCGAUGGAAGACCAACUGAUUCUCAAAGAACUGAUGAAGGACGAACUGAUUCUCAGAGAACUGACGAGAAGCCAACUGAUUCUGAAAGUUCCGAAGAGACGAUGAGCAAAUCCCCAAAAUCCGAUGGAAGGCCAACUGAUUCUGAAAGAACUGAUGAAGGACGAACUGAUUCCCAGAGAACUGACGAGAAGCCAACUGAUUCUAAAAGUUCCGAAGAGACGUCGAGCAAAUCUCCAAAAUCUGAUGGAAGGCCAACUGAUUCUCAAAGAACUGAUGAAAGGCUUACUGAUUCUCAGAGAACUGACGAGAAGCCAACUGAUUCUGAAAGUUCCCAAGAGACGACGAGCAAAUCUCCAAAAUCCGAUGGAAGGCCAACUGAUUCUCAAAGAACUGAUGAAGAACCAACUGAUUCUCAGAGAACUGAUGAAGGACCAACUGAUUCUGAAAGUUCCGAUGAAACUACCAGCAAAUCAGAUGAACCUGAAAUCACUGACAAGGCCCCAGACAUCACCACGGUACCCUCAUUCCAGACCACUGAAGGGAUUGUAUCGUACUGUGAAGGUAACCAGACCCACGCUGUUCAGGCUGUGGUGCAGUGCAAUGCUGCUGUGUCUGCGCUGAAUCAGUUCGUCAAGUGUGAGCAGGUUUUGCCCAUGAUACCCGCGUACCUACAAGACUGCUACCGGGACUUCUGUCAAUGCAACCCUCAGAGUGGUUGUACUUCUGACGACACUUAUCCCGAAAUUAUCGAGGAGGAAUGUAAACAAAAGAUAGACGACUCCACUACAACGCCCGCCUCACUUGAUAAAACGUGUUCUCUGGAAUCACGAGCCGAACACUGCUUGGACUUCUUUUACGGACAGGACACCAUUCACCGGUGUUUAGAGAUAGUAGGAGAGCUGGAAGUGGUCACGACCCACCUCUUUAUUAGCUGUCAGGAGACUUGUACUAAACUUGAACGCUGUGCUUUCCAAGCUGAGUUCCAGGCAUUUUGCUCUGCUUUGGGAGUCCACAUUACCGUGGCUAGUGAAUGCGAGGCUGCUAAUCUAGAGAAAACGUCGAGGUUUAUCGAGCCUACAACACCUGCAUCAGAGCGUCCAACUGAAGAUUCUAAAUCAAGUAAGCCGAGCUCAGCUCAAGAAGACAGCAGCUCGACUGUGAGACUACCUACCACCCCAAAAGAUAUGAAGACGGAUAGGCUCACCACUCCGACCGUACCUGCCACAACUGUUAAACCUGAUCUGUGCAGCAAGAGCCAUGAUUAUAGGAAUGUAGCCACUGACUACUGUUUCUCCCUCGUAUUCGGACCGUUAUCUGACCCGAAAUGUAACAAGAAGCUAAAGAAGCGGCAAGUGUCCAAACUAUACGACACGUGUUUUAAGUCCCUCUGUGUUGACCCGACUGCUAGAUGCCAAGCUGUUGAGGCCUACAAGACCACGUGUCUAAAAGUGGGGGUCACGGUAUCUCCUGAAGUGAAGGGAUGUGGUGGUGUAACCCCCUCUAUCACUAAAUCUCCUCCAUCAGUAAAACCUACUGUUACCAAAGCUGGAGAUGUUACUUCAGCACCCAUCGGUGAUGAGGUGACACCGUCAGUGAUCACCUCUCGUCAGCUACCGACAACUCCACGACCAUCCUCCAAUCCAACUGUGGUAACCUCUACCGAGAAAGGAAUCGUUCAGCCAGCUUGGAACGCCACAACCAUUGAUAUAACCUCUUUUACUACGCUCGGAACGAGACCCACUCAAUCAGUGACAGCCAGACCUACUGACGAAAUUGGAUCUGAUGUACCAGGUACUGAUGAAGGACCGAAAGAGAAAACAACUACAACUCCUAGUAAAAGAAGUGAUACUAGCACUGAACCUACGAUUUCUAGUACUGAUGAACGGGAGAAAUCGACUGAUGAAUCUGAGAAACCAACUGAUCAUUCAGAGAAGUCAACUGAUGAAUCUGAGAAAUCGACUGAUGAAUCUGAGAAAUCGACUGAUGAAUCUAAGAAAUCGACUGAUGAAUCUGAGAAAUCAACUGAUGAAUCUGAGAAAUCAACUGAUGAAUCUGAGAAAUCGACUGAUGAAUCUGAGAAAUCGACUGAUGAAUCUGAGAAAUCGACUGAUGAAUCUGAGAAAUCGACUGAUGGAUCUGAGAAAUCAACUGAUGAAUCUGAGAAAUCGACUGAUGAAUCUGAGAAAUCAACUGAGAAAUCUGAGAACUCGACUGAUGGAUCUGAGAAAUCAACUGACGAAUCUGAUAGAACAGAUGAUGUUAUCACCAACAGAUUUACUACUGAUCUUACAACUCCAAACAUAGAUCUCUCAACAGAGACACUAACAGAUGGACCUAACGACGUGACACCAAGCAGCCCUGAAAUCCCAACUCCUGAGAUCAAAACGAACUUUUGUGCUCUUAGUCAGGAUUUCAAGAUAGUGGCAGCGGAGUUUUGUUUCUCGGCAGUUUAUGGGGACCAGUCUAACUUGAAGUGCACUCCCAAAAUCGACGCAGCGAAAGUUUAUCAAGAAUGUGUAUCUCUGUUGUGCUCAGACCCCUCAAGUCGCUGCAAAGCGGCCCAGGGGUACAGGCAAUCGUGCUGGGAUAUUGGAAUAGAGGUGAUAUCAGCUGACUGUGAGGAGGAAGUGAGUCCUACAACUGCACAUAGCACGGUUUCACUACAUGAUGGGUCAACAACCCCUGGUAUCACAACAGAGGAACCUGGUGACAAGGAGCCUGGUGACAAGGAGCCUGGUGACAAGGAGCCUGGUGACAAGGAGCCUGGUGACAAGGAGCCUGGUGACAAGGAGACUGGUGACAAGGAGAACAGGUGUAGCCAGGAUACAGAUUAUAAGGAGAGUGUGUCUCAGUUCUGUAAGGAGCUACUCUUUACAAUCAGCCUGGAAAAUGUGCUUUGUAGUCAGAAAAUGGGACAGAACACAUGGUAUUCUAAUUGUACUGCUAUUCUGUGUCAAAGAGAUUCUCCAAGUCAAAGAUGCGAUUUCGCAACCUCUUUCAAAACUGCUUGUGCGUCUGGGUCAGAUACAAAGAAAACAAGGAAUACAGGGGAUAAAGAGGAAGGGUUCAACGUUGAAAUAGGCGAUGUUUGUGACAAUAUAUAUUUGUCACCCUCAGUUCACGUUUCAACAGAAGUACCCACCGACCGUCCUAUUGAAGUAACAAAGACAUUGUUGCCUACUACACCGGUACCAAGUACACAAAUUACUGAAAGACCAACCUCAACUGCUCAUCAUCAACCCGCCAAGGUUACAACCGAGCAAUCUACAGAUGUUGAAAUAAAUACGUCAUCAUCAAAGGUAAUAGCCACAACUGGCACGCCAGAUCCUGAUGCUGACAACGUCCACGGUACUACACCCAAACCUACUGAUACUCGGCCAGAAGACAAAUCAACUGUUUCUAAAGGACCACCUUUGCCAACAACGCUUUCGUCAAAAUCGGAAAAACCAUCCACUUCUGCUGACGAUCAACCAAUCAAAAUGUCUACAACGGAUGGGUCAGAAGACAAAAGUAACAUUAGUGGAAGCCCUCCAACUGUGGUUCAAACAAAGAGUUCGGUUUCUGAUGAACAGAGGUCUGAAGACGUUGUAUCUACCAGACUUUCUACACCACCAAUGUCAACCGAAGAUCCUUCUGAUGAAAGUAACAAGUCGGAUGUUGAAACAAAUACGCCAUCAUCAGAGGUAAUAGCCUCAACUGGCACGCCUGGUGCUGGCAACGUCGACGGUACUACACCCAAACCUAUUGAUACUCGGACAAAAGACAAAUCAACUGCUUCUAAAGGACCCCCUUUGCCAACAACGCUUUCACCAAAAUCUGAAAAACCAUCCACUACUACUGAUGAUGAUCAACCAGUCAGUUUGUCUACAACGGAUGGGUCAGAAGACAAAAGUGACAUUAGCGGAAGCCCUCCAACUGUGGUUCCAACAGAAAGUUCGGUUUCUGAUGAACAAAGUUCUGAAGACGAAGCCACAACUAUCACGCCGGAUCCUGAUGCCGAGAACGUCCACGGUACUACACCAAAACUCAUUGAUACUUGGACAAGAGAUGGGUCAAUUGUUUCUGAUUCAUCAUCCAAAGGACCCCCUUUGCCAACAACGCUUUCACAAAUAUCGGAAAAACAAUCCACUACUACUGAUGAUGUUCAAUCAGUCAGUUUGUCUACAACGGAUAGGUCAGAUCAAGACAAAAGUGACAUUAGCGGAAGCCCUCCAAUUGUGGUUCCAACAGAAAGUUCGGUUUCUGAUGAACAAAGGUCAGAAGACGUUGUAUCUACCAGACUUUCUACACCACCAAUGUCAGCUGAAGAUCCUUCUGGUGAAAGAAAGGAGUCAGAUGUUGAAACAAAUACGCCAUCAUCAGAGGUAAUAGCCACAACUGGCACGCCUGGUGCUGAUAUUGACAACGUCGAGGGUACUACAGCUAAACCUACUGAUACUCGGACAGAAGACAAAUCAACUGCUUCUAAAGGACCACCUUUGCCAACAACACUUUCGUCCAAAUCGGAAAAAUCAUCUACUACUACUGAUGAUGAUCAACCAGUCAAAGUGUCCACAACAGAUGGAUCAGAAGGCAAAAGUGACAUAAGCGGAAGCCCUCCAACUGUGGUUCCAACAAAAAGUUCGGUUUCUGAUGAACAAAGUUCUGAAGACGAAGCCACAACUAUCACGCCGGAUCCUGAUGCCGAGAAUGUCCACGGUUCUACACCAAAACCCACUGAUACUCGGACAAGAGAUGGGUCAACUGUUUCUGAUUCAUCAUCGAAAGGACCCCCUUUGCCAACAACGCUUUCACCAAAAUCAGAAAAACCAUCCACUGAUACUCGGCCAGAAGACAAAUCAACUGCUUCCAAAGGACCACCUUUGCCAACAACACGUUCACCAAAAUCGGAAGAACCAUCUAUUACUACUGAUGAUGAUCAACCAGUCCAAGUGUCUACAACAAAUGGAUCAGAAUAUAAAAGUGACAUUAGCGGAAGCCCUCCAACUGUGGUUCCAACAAAAAGUUCGGUCUCUGAUGAACAACGGUCUGAAGAUGUUGCAUCUUCCAGACUUUCUACACCACCAAUGUCAACUGAAGAUCCUUCUGAUGAAAGUAACGAGUCAGAUGUUGAAACAAAUACGCCAUCAUCAGAGGUAAUAGCCACAACUGGCACGCCUGGUGCUGAUAUUGACAACGUCGAGGGUACUACAGCUAAACCUACUGAUACUCGGACAGAAGACAAAUCAACUGCUUCUAAAGGACCACCUUUGCCAACAACACUUUCGUCCAAAUCGGAAAAAUCAUCUACUACUACUGAUGAUGAUCAACCAGUCAAAGUGUCCACAACAGAUGGAUCAGAAGGCAAAAGUGACAUAAGCGGAAGCCCUCCAACUGUGGUUCCAACAAAAAGUUCGGUUUCUGAUGAACAAAGUUCUGAAGACGAAGCCACAACUAUCACGCCGGAUCCUGAUGCCGAGAAUGUCCACGGUUCUACACCAAAACCCACUGAUACUCGGACAAGAGAUGGGUCAACUGUUUCUGAUUCAUCAUCGAAAGGACCCCCUUUGCCAACAACGCUUUCACCAAAAUCAGAAAAACCAUCCACUGAUACUCGGCCAGAAGACAAAUCAACUGCUUCCAAAGGACCACCUUUGCCAACAACACGUUCACCAAAAUCGGAAGAACCAUCUAUUACUACUGAUGAUGAUCAACCAGUCCAAGUGUCUACAACAAAUGGAUCAGAAUAUAAAAGUGACAUUAGCGGAAGCCCUCCAACUGUGGUUCCAACAAAAAGUUCGGUCUCUGAUGAACAACGGUCUGAAGAUGUUGCAUCUUCCAGACUUUCUACACCACCAAUGUCAACUGAAGAUCCUUCUGAUGAAAGUAACGAGUCAGAUGUUGAAACAAAUACGCCAUCAUCAGAGGUAAUAGCCACAACUGGCACGCCUGGUGCUGAUAUUGACAACGUCGAGGGUACUACAGCUAAACCUACUGAUACUCGGACAGAAGACAAAUCAACUGCUUCUAAAGGACCACCUUUGCCAACAACACGUUCAUCAAAAUCAGUAAAACCAUCCACUACUACUGAUGAUGAUCAACCAGUCAAAGUGUCCACAACGGAUGGAUCAGAAGGCAAAAGUGACAUUAGCGGAAGCCCUCCAACUGUGGUUCCAACAAAAAGUACGGUGUCUGAUGAACAAAGUUCUGAAGACGAAGCCACAACUAUCACGCCGGAUCCUGAUGCCGAGAAUGUCCACGGUACUACACCAAAACCCACUGAUACUCGGACAAGAGAUGGGUCAACUGUUUCUGAUUCAUCAUCCAAAGGACCCCCUUUGCCAACAACGCUUUCACCAAAAUCAGAAAAACUAUCCACUGAUACUCGGCCAGAAGACAAAUCAACUGCUUCCAAAGGACCACCUUUGCCAACAACACGUUCACCAAAAUCGGAAGAACCAUCCACUACUACUGAUGAUGAUCAACCAGUCCAAGUGUCUACAACAGAUGGAUCAGAAAAUAAAAGUGACAUUAGCGGAAGCCCUCCAACUGUGGUUCCAACAAAAAGUUCGGUUUCUGAUGAACAACGGUCUGAAGAUGUUGCAUCUUCCAGACUUUCUACACCACUAUUGUCAACUGAAGAUCCUUCUGAUGAAAGAAAGGAGUCAGAUGUUGAAACAAAUACGCCAUCAUCAGAGGUAAUAGCCACAACUGGCACGCCUGGUGCUGAUAUUGACAACGUCGAGGGUACUACAGCUAAACCUACUGAUACUCGGACAGAAGACAAAUCAACUGCUUCUAAAGGACCACCUUUGCCAACAACACGUUCAUCAAAAUCAGUAAAACCAUCCACUACUACUGAUGAUGAUCAACCAGUCAAAGUGUCCACAACGGAUGGAUCAGAAGGCAAAAGUGACAUUAGCGGAAGCCCUCCAACUGUGGUUCCAACAAAAAGUACGGUGUCUGAUGAACAAAGUUCUGAAGACGAAGCCACAACUAUCACGCCGGAUCCUGAUGCCGAGAAUGUCCACGGUACUACACCAAAACCCACUGAUACUCGGACAAGAGAUGGGUCAACUGUUUCUGAUUCAUCAUCCAAAGGACCCCCUUUGCCAACAACGCUUUCACCAAAAUCAGAAAAACCAUCCACUGAUACUCGGCCACAAGACAAAUCAACUGCUUCCAAAGGACCACCUUUGCCAACAACACGUUCACCAAAAUCGGAAGAACCAUCCACUACUACUGAUGAUGAUCAACCAGUCCAAGUGUCUACAACAGAUGGAUCAGAAAAUAAAAGUGACAUUAGCGGAAGCCCUCCAACUGUGGUUCCAACAAAAAGUUCGGUUUCUGAUGAACAACGGUCUGAAGAUGUUGCAUCUUCCAGACUUUCUACACCACUAUUGUCAACUGAAGAUCCUUCUGAUGAAAGUAACGAGUCAGAUGUUGAAACAAAUACGCCAUCAUCAGAGGUAAUAGCCACAACUGGCACGCCUGGUGCUGAUAUUGACAACGUCGAGGGUACUACAGCUAAACCUACUGAUACUCGGACAGAAGACAAAUCAACUGCUUCUAAAGGACCACCUUUGCCAACAACACGUUCAUCAAAAUCAGUAAAACCAUCCACUACUACUGAUGAUGAUCAACCAGUCAAAGUGUCCACAACGGAUGGAUCAGAAGGCAAAAGUGACAUUAGUGGAAGCCCUCCAACUGUGGUUCCAACAAAAAGUUCGGUUUCUGAUGAACAAAGUUCUGAAGACGAAGCCACAACUAUCACGCCGGAUCCUGAUGCCGAGAAAGUCCACGGUUCUACACCAAAACCCACUGAUACUCGGACAAGAGAUGGGUCAACUGUUUCUGAUUCAUCAUCGAAAGGACCCCCUUUGCCAACAACGCUUUCACUAAAAUCAGAAAAACCAUCCACUGAUACUCGGCCAGAAGACAAAUCAACUGCUUCCAAAGGACCACCUUUGCCAACAACACGUUCACCAAAAUCGGAAGAACCAUCUACUACUACUGAUGAUGAUCAACCAGUCCAAUUGUCUACAACAGAUGGAUCAGAAAAUAAAAGUGACAUUAGCGGAAGCCCUCCAACUGUGGUUUCAACAAAAAGUUCGGUUUCUGAUGAACAACGGUCUGAAGAUGUUGCAUCUUCCAGACUUUCUACACCAAGAAUGUCAACUGAAGAUCCUUCUGAUGAAAGUAACGAGUCAGAUGUUGAAACAAAUAAGCCGUCAUCAGAGGUAAUAACCACAACUGGCACAUCGGAUGCUGAUAUAGACAACGUCAAGGGAACUACAGCCAAACCUACUGAUACUGGGACAGAAGACAAAUCAACUGCUUCUAAAGGACCAACUUCACUAACUACACUUUCACCAAAAUCAAUAAAACCAUCUACUACUACUGAUGAUGAUCAACCAGUCAAAGUGUCCACAACAGAUAGAUCAGAAGGCAAAAGUGACAUAAGCGGAAGCCCUCCAACUGUGGUUCCAACAAAAAGUUCGGUUUCUGAUGAACAAAGUUCUGAAGACGAAGCCACAACUAUCACGCCGGAUCCUGAUGCCGAGAAUGUCCACGGUACUACACCAAAACCCACUGAUACUCGGACAAGAGAUGGGUCAACUGUUUCUGAUUCAUCAUCCAAAGGACCCCCUUUGCCAACAACGCUUUCACCAAAAUCAGAAAAACCAUCCACUGAUACUCGGCCAGAAGACAAAUCAACUGCUUCCAAAGGACCACCUUUGCCAACAACACGUUCACCAAAAUCAGUAAAACCAUCCACUACUACUGAUGAUGAUCAACCAGUCAAAGUGUCUACAACAGAUGGAUCAGAAGGCAAAAGUGACAUUAGCGGAAGCCCUCCAACUGUGGUUCCAACAAAAAGUUCGGUCUCUGAUGAACAACGGUCUGAAGAUGUUGCAUCUUCCAGACUUUCUACACCACCAAUGUCAACUGAAGAUCCUUCUGAUGAAAGAAAGGAGUCAGAUGUUGAAACAAAUACGCCAUCAUCAGAGGUAAUAGCCACAACUGGCACGCCUGGUGCUGAUAUUGACAACGUCGAGGGUACUACAGCUAAACCUACUGAUACUCGGACAGAAGACAAAUCAACUGCUUCUAAAGGACCAACUUCACCAACAACACGUUCAUCAAAAUCAGUAAAACCAUCCACUACUACUGAUGAUGAUCAACCAGUCAAAGUGUCUACAACAGAUGGAUCAGAAGGCAAAAGUGACAUUAGCGGAAGCCCUCCAAUUGUGGUUCCAACAAAAAGUACGGUGUCUGAUGAACAAGGUUCUGAAGACGAAGCCACAACUAUCACGCCGGAUCCUGAUGCCGAGAAUGUCCACGGUACUACACCAAAACCCACUGAUACUCGGACAAGAGUUGGGUCAACUGUUUCUGAUUCAUCAUCCAAAGGACCCCCUUUGCCAACAACGCUUUCACCAAAAUCAGAAAAACCAUCCACUGAUACUCGACCAGAAGACAAAUCAACUGCUUCCAAAGGACCACCUUUGCCAACAACACGUUCACCAAAAUCGGAAGAACCAUCCAGUACUACUGAUGAUGAUCAACCAGUCCAAGUGUCUACAACAGAUGGAUCAGAAAAUAAAAGUGACAUUAGCGGAAGCCCUCCAACUGUGGUUCCAACAAAAAGUUCGGUUUCUGAUGAACAACGGUCUGAAGAUGUUGCAUCUUCCAGACUUUCUACACCAAGAAUGUCAACUGAAGAUCCUUCUGAUGAAAGUAACGAGUCAGAUGUUGAAACAAAUACGCCAUCAUCAGAGGUAAUAGCCACAACUGGCACGCCUGGUGCUGAUAUUGACAACGUCGAGGGUACUACAGCUAAACCUACUGAUACUCGGACAGAAGACAAAUCAACUGCUUCUAAAGGACCACCUUUGCCAACAACACGUUCAUCAAAAUCAGUAAACCAAUCCACUACUACUGAUGAUGAUCAACCAGUCAAAGUGUCCACAACGGAUGGAUCAGAAGGCAAAAGUGACAUUAGCGGAAGCCCUCCAACUGUGGUUCCAACAGAAAGUUCGGUCUCUGAUGAACAAAGUUCUGAAGACGAAGCCACAACUACCACGCCAGAUUCUGAUGCUGAGAACGUCCAUAGUACUACACCAAAACCCACUGACACUCGGACAAGAGAUGGGUCAACUGUUUCUUAUUCAUCAUCCAAAGGACCUUCUUUGCCAACAACGCUUUCACCAAAAUCAGUAAAACCAUUCACUACUACUGAUGAUGAUCAACCAGUCAAAGUGUCCACAACGGAUGGAUCGGAAGGCAAAAGUGACAUUAGCGGAAGCCCUCCAACUGUGGUUCCAACAGAAAGUUCGGUAUCUGAUGAACAAAGUUCUGAAGACGAAGCCACAACUAUCACGCCGGAUCCUGAUGCCGAGAAUGUCCACGGGACUACACCAAAACCCACUGAUACUCGGACAAGAGAUGGGUCAACUGUUUCUGAUUCAUCAUCAAAAGGACCCCCUUUGCCAUCAACGCUUUCACUAAAAUCGGAAAAACAAUCCACUACUACUGAUGAUGUUCAAUCAGUCAGUUUGUCUACAACGGAUGGGUCAGAUCAAGACAAAAGUUAUAUUAGCGGAAGCCCUCCAACUGUGGUUCCAACAGAAAGUUCGGUUUCUGAUGAACAAAGUUCUGAAGACGAAGCCACAACUAUCAAGCCAGAUCCUGAUGCCGAGAACGUCCAAGGUACUACACCAAACCCAACUGAUACUCGGAAAAGAUAUGGGUCAACUGUUUCUGACUCAUCAUCCAAAGGACCCCCUUUGCCAACAACGCUUUCGCCAAAAUCGGAAAAACCAUCCACUAUUACUGAUGAUGAUCGAUCAGUCACUUUGUCUACAACGGAUGGGUCAGAAGACAAAAGUGACAUUAGCAAGGGUCCUCCAACUGUGGUUCCAACAGAAGGUAUUCCAUCUUCCAAACUUUCUACACCAUCUUUGCCAACUGAAGAUCCUUCUACGGGAGGCUCUCCUGAUCCUCCAACAACAAAAGAAGUUUCAUCUAAAGCUACAAGUUCUGCCCCACUGAUAUCAGUGCGCCUACCAUCUCCUGUUGUAUUUCCUUGUGAUAACACAUCUACAGAUGAUAUAACUGACGGGGGAAAUGUUUCUAAUCAGACUACUGUCGAGAAUCAAGAUGUUAAAUCAACAGAAACUGUAACAGAAAUGUCAACCAAAAAUUCUGAUGGUUCAGCAACAAAGGAAUCUACUGAUGGUUCAGACAAAGUUAGCUCUGUAACUGACGACAGUGUUUUAAAAUCGAAUACGUCUGUAGAUGUAGAGAUUGGAGCUGUCACUGGUAAACCUAUUGAUAAGGAGACAACCGAGCAGAAGUCGAAAGUAACUGAUCGAUCGACUUCAUCAGGAGCUACAGCUGAUUCGAAUACGGGCAGUGUUAAAGAAGGAACAAAGAAAUCUGAUCCUGGUUCUCCUCCAACGAUCAUUCCUACUGUUAGCAGGCCAAUCACUCCUGAUCUCGGAACGACUUCCACUAAAUCUUUCAGUCCAAUUCCGUCGACUGAAGACAAUAGACCAGUCCUUGUCUCCACAACAGUAUAUAAUGAAAUUAAUUCUACUGCUAGUUCAGAAAAAAUUGGAAUGUCAUCAAGAGCUGUAACAACUCUGCCACCAACACCUGAAAUAUCGACGACAGAAAAUGGAAAUGGAUUGAUCUCAGACACUGAAAUACCAACAACCUCAACUGCUUACCGUCAACCCGCCAAGGUUUCAACCAAGGAAUCUGUAGAUGCUGAAACAACUUCGUCCACAAUUGGAAUAAUAGUAACAACCCCCACGCCAGAUUCUGACGUCUACGGUACUACACCCGAACCUACCGAUACUCGGACAAAAGAUAAAUCAGCUGUCUCUGUGACUCCAACAAAAGAUUCUGGAUCUGAUGAACAGAGAUCUGAGGAUAUUGCAUCUACCAGAGUUUUCUCAUCAACACCGCCAACUGUGAUUCCUUCUGAAGACUCAAGAACGUCUAAAAAUCCUUUCACCAAUUCUAAGCCCAAUGUCAUCCCAACUACACCAAAGAAAAAGGAUUCAUCUGAAAAAACAGACGAAGGUACUUCUAGUCAAGUACCUGUCGAAAAAUCCAGCGAUGUGCUGACAACUUUCUCUAAUGGUCCAGAUCCAAAAUCAGAUGUUACUAAAACAUCUGAUGAGAAUUCCAAUCCAACUAUCAUUCCAACUACAGAACCUUCAAAAGAUACUAAAAAGUGUGACCAUGAUGAGGUUUACAAGAUGCUUGUUCUUGAUAUCUGCUCUGAUAUCGUGUUUGGGGAUAACUCUAGUUGGAAGUGUAACAAGAGGAUAUCAUUCAACCCAAUAUUCGAAAGCUGUGUUGACGAGGUUUGCAGUGAAUCUUCCAAUAAGUGCAAGUCUAUAAAACGCUACAAGGAUGAGUGCUCUAAAGUUGGAAUCGAAAUUUUGGCAGUGUAUGAAGAAUGUGAGGAUGUAGCUACAACAACCGACAAAAGUAUGACAAAAUUUCCUCUUACUAUUACACCAACGGACUCUGAGUUGAAAUCUUCUGCAUCAGAAAUUCCGACUAAGUCACCUGCAGCUCUUGAUGUAUCAGCAGAGGUUACAUUGUCCAAAGCCUCAUCAAAAGGACCACCGUUGCCAAGUACACCAACUUCAACAGACGAUGUUCAACCUACUGAAGAAUCAGCUGACUCAUCGAAAGAGAAGCCCGAUAUUACGAGUUUUGUUCCAUUUAGAGCAUCAACUACAGAAGUUACUCCACCAAUAGUUCCUACUGUUGAAUCUACUGAACAAGUGUCCACUGAAGAUCCUUCAGAUGGCAGUAACGAAUCAUCAACCGAGGAUUCUACUGACGUUGAAACAAAUCGAUCAUCAAUAGAUGCAACAGUCACAACCCCCACUCCAGAUCCUGAUGCUGACAACGUCGAGGGUACUACACCAAAACCUACUGAUACUCGGACAGAAGAUAAAUCAACUGUCUCUGACUCAUCAUCUAAAGGUCCACCUAUGCCAACUACGCUAUCACCAAAACCAGCAAAACCUUCCACCACUGCUGAUAAUCAAUCAGUGAAAGAUUCUACAACAAGUGGAUCUAAAGACAAAAGUGAUAUUAGUGAGGGUCCACCAACAGUGAAACCAACGAAGGGUCCAGUUUCUGGUGGACAAAGUAAGAGUCCUGAUGAAGACACAACUACUGGACUUGUGACACCACCAGUAGAUGUGAGUACUAGUUACGAAACUAUGUCUGCUGACUUCAAAUUCAAGACAAGUCCUCCUUCUGGAGACGAAGCCACAACUGGCACGCCAGAUCCUGAUGCUGAUAACGUCCAAGGUACUACACCCAGACCUGAUAAUCGGACAAAAUAUAAAUCAACCGUCUCUGACUCAACAUCUGAGGAUUCAUCGGAUAAAAGCGUCGAACCAUCUACUGGUGAUACCACUAAACCGAUCGAUUCAGGAGCCUCAUCUGAUCUUGGUACAGUUGCUACUCCAACUCCUUCCAUAUUUUUCUCGUCAACACCACCUACUGUGGUUCCAUCGCAAGACGCAAAAACGUCAAAAAAUCCUUUCACUGUUUCUAGGCCUGAUGUCAUUCCAACAACUCCGAAUGAUGAAAUUGAUACAACCGAGAAAGCUGACACUAAUUUCUGUGAGAAAGAUAAGGAGUACAAGUCUCGAGUUGAAGAAUUUUGUAAUGAGCUGGUGUUCUCUAUAUUCAUGCUGAAUGUUGAUUGCAGGGAUACUAUUGGUACCACAGAAUUCUACAAAAACUGUACUGAAAAACUGUGUAAAGGAGACACGCCAGAGCAAAGAUUCGGGUGA